AUGGCUACAGUUAUCAAAUCAUGUCAAGCAGAAGAUAAUGAAAAAUGUAAAAAUGAAGCUCGUGCACAUUGUUAUCAUUGUUCUCGUGAUUUAUGUCUUGAUCAUUUAACUCAACAUGCACAAUUAAUCGAUGCAUUAACUCGUUCAGCUCUUGAAGAUUAUUUUACAAUUCUUACAAAUUUAUCAACACGUCUUCAAUCUUUAACAAUAUCAACGAAUAUUCUUAAUGAACCAUUUUUAAAAAUUGAACAAUGGCGUAUAGAUGCUUAUCAUCAAAUAGAUGAUAUUGUUGAAAAAAAAUUUCAAGAAAUUCGAAUUAAAAUUGAUGAAUAUCGUCAAAUAUUUGAUACAAUACGAAAUGAACAAUUAGAAAAAGUAGCUCGUUAUAAACAAAAAAUUGCUGAAUUAUUUCGUAAAACACAAGUAGCUAAUAAAGAUAUGUCAAAUUUACGAAAAUCAAUUGAACAAAUUCAACAUGAUUCAAAUAUAUUUGAUAAACAUUCAAUUGAAGUUCUAUCAAAUCGUCCUUUAAUUCAUUCAAUUAAUAUUCGAAUGCGAUUAAAUGAUUGGAAACCACCUAGUCUAUUGUCAUCAUCAUCAUCAUCAUCAACAAUUUCUGUAUCAUCAAUUAUUCAUCAAUUAGAAUUUCGUUUAAAAUAUGUUCGUUUAUCAGGUAUUGUUACUUGUCAUUAUGUAUUAGUUGAAGUUAAUGGAACUAUAAAAGAUUUAAUUGAUCAAUUUAUUAUGACAGAAAAUGAUUUUAGUAUGGAAAAAUGUAAACAUGAUUAUUGUUUAGUAACAGAAGUUAGUCAAAAUCGUGUUCGUCAAAGAUUUACGAAUGAUAUACAAUUAAAAAUGAUUUUUAAUAAAAUCGAUGAACUUGUUUUAUAUGAAACUCCAUUUGAAUUGAAUAUAUGUAAUCUUCAACAAUAUUGUCUUAUCUUAUGUCGAUUUGAAGAUGGUCUACCAUGGAAUAUUAAAUUUGGAUUACCAAUUUUACUUAAUGUACCACGUUUUCAAUGUCGAGGUCGAGAUGUUAUUAAUGCAUUAGAUAAAAUACUCAAAAUAUGUUUUCCUCUUAUAGUUGAUAAUAAUAAUAUUCAUUAUGAAGUUAGAAUUGUUUCGGAUGAUCAUCAAAUAAGUACAGCAACAAUACUUAAUGAAUGGGCAGAUGAAGUUAUUGAUGAUCAUUUACUGAUGGCUGAUAAUGCCAUACUUGUUGUUAAUCUUGUUAAUAAUGGUCAAUCAUCAAUACACAAAGAGAUAACAAAUUUGACUCGCUUAGAUGGAAUUUUGAAGAAUAAUGAUAAGUGGCGAAAGAGUCGAAAAUAA